CCAUGCCCUGCAAGGCGCUCGCUGUCUGCCUCUUGGGGCUCUUGGCGCUCUCCUCCGCUUGCUACAUCCAGAACUGCCCCAUCGGGGGCAAACGCGCUGUCCUGGAUAUGGAUAUCAGGAAGUGCCUGCCCUGCGGCCCCAGGAACAAGGGCCGCUGCUUCGGACCCAACAUCUGCUGCGGAGAGGAGCUGGGCUGUUACGUGGGCACCUCGGAAACGCUGCGGUGCCAGGAGGAAACCUUCCUGCCCACCCCCUGCGAGGCGGGACACAAACCCUGCG